AUGGCAGAUCUAGACCGACUCUGUCUCGAGAACCGUGGAAUCAAAAUCACGGAUGAGGGAGAUUUGAAGCGCUUCGGCCUUCAAAUGUACAGUCACUACAAGCGACUGUCAGUCCCUCCUGCCAUUAUUACCAACAAAGUUGCGUGUGAACGCUAUAUGCGUACUUUGGACUCUGAGUUCAGUACCGUCUUGCGGAAUGCUUUGGCUACGAGUCAAGUAUUCAACAAACGCUACCAGACUCGCGCCGGUGAAAUGCUGAGGGCGUGCUCACAAGUGAAUCUACUAUGA